AUGUUGGAGAAGCCAAGUAAAACAAAGUCGAGUCCGGAUAAGCGAAAUAAGAGCAAAUAUUACAGGUUUCAUAGAGACCAUGGACAUGAUACUUCGAAGUGCUUUGACUUGAGAGACCAGAUCGAAAACCUGAUUAGGCAUGGCCAUCUGAAAAAGUAUGUUGGGAAGAAAGAUUCAUGUUCUUCUCAAGGGAAAAGAAAGUUCGAUCGAACAAAUCAUGACGAUCAAGACAAAUCUCCCUCACUCAAAAAAAUAGAAGCGGCUAGAAAAAGGCCCGUGGUGAUAAACACCAUUUUUGGUGGUCCAAGUGGAGGACAGUCAGGCAAUAAGAGGAAAGCCCUCAUUCGAGAAACUAGCCACGAAGUCAAUACAUCAUAUGUUCGGUCAACGGUGGCAAUAUCUUUUUCUGCAGACGACUUGGAGGGAGUUCAUUUACCACAUAAUGACGCCUUGGUGAUCUCACCUAUAAUUGAUAAUAUGCAGGUCCAGCCGGUACUCAUCGAUGGAAGGGCAUCCACCAACAUACUCUCACUCUCAACAUAUCUUGCUCUAGGAUGGGAGAAAUCUCAACUGAAACGAUGUCCAACACCCCUAGUCGGCUUCUCAGGAGAAAUGAUCGCAGCGGAGGGUUGUACUGACCUCCCAGUCACUAUUGGGGAAAAUGACAACAAAGUUCGAAAGGUUAUAGAAUUCGUCAUGGUUGAUGGUGCGUCAGCAUAUAACGCAAUAUUAGGACGACCAUAUAUACACGAACUGCAGGUUGUUCCCUCCACAUACCAUCAGGUGAUGAAGUAUCCAACUCCCUGUGGCGUAGAGAUCAUCAAAGGCGAACAGAAGGCCUCACGAGAAUGUUAUGCGACGGCACUGAAAGGUACUCGGACUUAUGCCGUCAUCAUUGGGACUACUUCAUCCGAAGUGACACCAGGCGAUAAGCUCAACAAUGAACUCGGAUGGGGAACGUCGAAGCAAGAGCUCAAGCAAAUUAAGCUAGGGUCUGAUGAAAAGGUUGUCAGCAUCGGAUCGGGGCUAAAAGCUCAAAUACGAUAA